CAAAAAUAUUCUGGAAAGUCCUGAUAUGUGAAAGCAAGCUAACCAGCUAAAGCACGCAGCUGCAGAGAACAUUUACAAAGUUGUUAAAACAAACUUUAAUAGCGUACAAAGUUAAUUCGUUGGAUACAUUUCAUAAUGGAGAUCUCUCCAAAGUUACGCUCUGUCUACAACUUCUUUUGGUGCGUGUUUGUGCUUUAGCUGAAGAGCUGACGUUGUCUAGUAUCAUCAGUUAGCUUAGCAUUGGACUCCCAGCUAAAGAAGUCCAGCCUCCUCUGAGCUUGUUGGACGGUAGACGUUUGUAGCUGAACUCGCUGGUUUCGUUGACUGCAACAUCCCAAACAUGUCUAUCCUUGGAUUAAAGAAGAAACAGCCAAAGACUUUUAAAGUCAAAGUUGUCACCAUGGAUGCUGAAAUGGAGUUCAGCUGUGAGGUGAAGUGGAAAGGUAAAGACCUGUUCGACCUGGUGUGUCGCACGGUAGGUUUGCGGGAGACCUGGUUCUUUGGACUCCGGUACACGGUGAAGGACACCUACGCCUGGCUGAAGCAAGAGAAACGGGUCUUGGACCAGGAGGUUCCGAAGGACUCUCCCAUAACAUUUCAUUUCCUGGCUAAAUUCUUCCCAGAAAAAGUAGAAGAAGAGUUGGUCCAAGAGAUAACGCAGCACCUCUUCUUCUUACAGGUGAAAAAACAGAUCCUAGAUGAGGAGAUAUUCUGUUCCCCUGAAGCAUCUGUUCUGUUGGCGUCAUACGCCGUCCAGGCCAAGUACGGAGACUAUGACCCAAACUUUCACAAGCCGGGCUUCCUGGCACAAGAUGAGCUUUUGCCAAAAAGAGUCUUGAUGCAAUACCAAAUGACUGCUGACAUGUGGGAAGAGAAGAUCACAGCGUGGUAUGCAGAGCACAGAGGCAUCGCCAGAGAUGAAGCUGAGAUGGAAUACCUCAAAAUUGCUCAAGACCUUGAGAUGUACGGUGUCAGCUACUUUGCCAUUACACAAAACAAGAGGGACACGGACCUGUUACUUGGAGUGGACGCUCAAGGACUUCACAUCUACAACCCCAACAGCAAACUCAACCCCAACAAAUCCUUUCCGUGGAGCGGCAUUCGCAACAUCUCUUACAGCGAAAAGGAGUUCACCAUCAAACCCCUGGACAAGAAGAAAGAUGUGUUCAAGUUCUACUCGUCUCAACUGCGCGUCAACAAGCUGAUCCUGCAGUUGUGCAUCGGUAACCACGAUCUGUUCAUGAGGAGGAGGAAGGUGGACUCCAUCGAAGUGCAACAGAUGAAGGCUCAAGCCAAAGAGGAGAAGGCGCGCAAGAAGAUGGAGCGUCAGAUCCUGGCAAGAGAAAAACAGAUGAGAGAGGAAGCGGAGCGGGCAAAAGAGGAGAUGGAGCGAAGACUCUUCCAGCUGCAGGACGAGGCCCGGCUGGCCAACGAGGCGCUGUUGCGAUCCGAGGAGACGUCAGACCUGCUGGCAGAGAAGGCUCAGAUAGCUGAAGAAGAGGCCAAGCUGUUGGCCCACAAGGCUGCAGAUGCGGAGCAGGACAGGCAGAGGUUAGAGGUCACCGCCAUGAAGACCAAGGAGGAGAAGAGGCAGAUGGAGCAGAAGAUGAGGGAGGCGGAGCAGCUGGCUGUGAAACUGGUGGAGCAGUCUGAGAGAAGGUUGAAGGAGGCAGAUCACCUGAAACAGGACCUGACCGAGGCCAAGGACGCCGAGCGGAGAGCCAAGCAGAAGCUGCUGGAGAUCACCAAAACGACGUACCCUCUCAUAGCGGCCUACUCUGCCCCCCCCGCCCCUCCCGCUCCUCCCGAAGCGCCCGACUUCGCAUACGAGUCGACAUCUUCGCGCCUCGACUUCAAGGACUCCGACAUGAAGCGGCUGUCUAUGGAGAUCGAGAGAGAGAGGCUGGAGUACAUGGAGAAGAGCAAACACCUGCAGGACCAGCUGAAGGAGCUGAAGACGGAGAUCGAGUCUCUGAAGCUGGAGGAGCAGCAGCAGCAGCAGGCGGGCGUCUACAGCCUCCUCAAUGAGGCGCGGGGAUACCCCCCCGAGCCCGCCUACCAGCCGCACAGCAACCGUAACUCUGCGUACAUGUCUCAGAUGGGCUUCUUUGAAGAAGUGUGAUCCCGGCGAUGGGAGGAAGGAGGGCACCGGCUGCUGUGACUCAGGGCUUUCCUAACAUGUUUUGAUUCUUGAUUUUUACUUUGCUGAAACUAACAGACACGAGCACCGCGACGGAAAGACCGUAAAGGCAUCUGAAUAACAAACGGCCACUCGCUCCGGUCGUCCCGCACCUUCCACAUGUGUUGUUAUGUAUUCAAUGAACACACUAAUGUGUGUAUCCUACGCUGAUUCAGGACAUGGUGCUGAGAAUGGAUUUAUUAUAGAGUUGCUGAUGUUUUUUUGUGGUUUUUAAGGGAUACUCGGCUGUAAUAUGUCGUAUGACAAGUUCCACAUCGAUACCUGAACAACAUUUUGGGAUUGAGGUUCAUGUUCGAGGCAAAGUUCCUGUAUUGAAUGUCAUUUGGUAAAUGUUCCUUUUCAGGCUUGAGGAUAUUCUGAAAAGUUCUAAAUCUGGUCAUGAAAUCUGGUUGUGAAUCUGGUCAUCCGCUUUCAAACCGGCAGAGUGUUUCUCCAACUUCACUUUUGAAAAUAAUAAAUACAAUAUAUUUUUAAAGCCCAUAUUUCUGAUUAUACCUGUACCAAGCUAUUGUUGAAUAUAGCUUUGAACACUAAAUACACUUAACCCUCCUGUUGCCUUCGGGUCAAUUUGACCCGAUUCAAUGUCUAACCCUCCUGUUACCUUUAUAUUUACUGACAUAUUUUACCCUUGGGGUCAAUAUGACCCCAGCUAUUAAAAUUAUGAGAAUUAAUAUUGUUUUCCAAGUUUAAGUGUGAGGUACUUUAUGUUUGUUUGUUGACUACCGAAAGAACACCGACAUUAAACAUUGAAUCGGGUCAAAUUGACCCGAAGGCGACAGGAGGGUUAAAACAACUCUUGAUCAUUAAGUUUUAAUGUGGGGGACAAAUUCAUUGUAAUUGUGCGGAUUAGGGAAAUUCAUAAAACUAAAGAAAUUGCGACGGAAAGAAAGUCCAAAUCUGCCGGGACAAUGCCGAGAUGUGACCCUCCCUUAAAAAGGUCCGGUGUUCCACUUGAGUUGGUUUGCUGUUCUGUUGGUUCACACACUUCCUUUUCUGUCAACGGCAUCGUGCCUCUUCAUCUUCAUCAUCGUAGCAGUUCAUAGACAUGUUUAUUAAUAUUAUUUACAAGCUUGAGCGCUGCCAUUUCAAGUGUUUUAUAUUUUGUACUGUAGAUUGUUGAUGUGCCUUGAACUUUAUUUUGUACUAUUAAGAUUUUUGAGUUGCUUUGAUUUUCUUUGCUCUCAUUGUGCCCGUGUGUCUUAGCGUUGGUGUCCUUCGCGUUUGGGGGGUUGAUGCCGAUUCCCGACGGGCUUACACGUUCAUGGCGUUCCGGUUCUCUUCUUUUCCUCCGCUCUCGUACUUCUCAGGGUCGAUCGCUGCAAGGAGAAUCUAAUCGUUUCUCCCCUGAGAUAAACGCCAUUAACGUUGACCUUGUUUGACAUUUAAGUUGGUUAAGUUCAAUAGGUCAUUCGUAUGGUAAAGGUUAUCGACAGCGGCGUCUUUGCUGAAUUUCACAAAUAUAGACCGGCAUAAACUCUGUGAAUGUUUAUUUGACUGCACUCCUCAUUGCAUCCUCAGAAGGGAGAGAGGCUGAGUGCCCAGCCACAGACGCUGCAGGUCCAUUAUUUGGACUUCUUUAUGGACUGAACGGUGAACUAUUGUGUAAUUGGUAUUGUGUUAAAUGUCCAAGUGAAAAUGCCCUUUUUCUUCCUUCUUUUUUAAACCCAUUGCAUAAGUGCUUCAAUUAGUAUUUUUAACCUUUUUAUUUAUUUGUCCUAUAAAUCCUGAAAUAACAUCACAAUUAAUGUUUUCAUGAGGUCAUUGUGGGAAGUUUUUGUUUCCAUUUUCUCAAAUGGGAUUUUCUUGCCAACUUUAAAUCCAGUUUUUAAAUAUAUAUAUAUAUAUUUGACACCUAAAACCAUAUUUUACCCGAAGGGAUGUUUUUUUUGUUUCUUACAUGCACAACAAAUUCCUGUCGAUGUAAAUGUCGUCAUCUUUCCUUCGGAGGGAAAAUGUUCUUUUGAUAGACAAUUCUUCGGAAUUAAUAAUUUCAAUAUUUCAGAAUGACUCGGAUGUUUACACUUCAAUCUGAUAUCAACAAGUAGUUACAAAAUUGAUUUGUAACUAAUAUUUCAUGACACCAGUGUUUAGACAAUUACCACAACAUCCAGUCGUUUAUACAGAUCAUGUUUGCAUGGAGCUGAUUACAGUUGGAUUUAUUUUAUAGAUAUAAUGAAAUGUAAAGAGCGCCGAUCAUCAGCUAACCGCUCAGGUACAAACCUAAAGCAGCUGUAUUUCAGGGCAAAACAUUGGAACAUGAAAUCUGCUACGUGUGUAUGCAUUUAGAAAUAUUCACAUUGAAAUGGAGUCGCAGGCAUUUUUGUGUUAACUAAAGCCAUUUGGAUUUGUGUGGAAUGAAAUAAAAAUGUACCCUACUUUGA